GUCAGUAUUCAAGCCAUUCAAUUAUUUCCAUUCUCCAAGAGAUUCCUACAUCUCGUGUGAAAGCAAUCAUUUUGAUUUUUGACGAAGAACAAGAAAACAAAAUAAAUUUCUAGGUAUUUUCAAUAAAGAGGACAAAAGAUCAAUAUUUUAGUCUUUCUUAUUCUCCUCUUAUGCAAAUAGCCCUUAACUUCCAAUAUUCAGUUUCCGGGUUUAUUUUAUCCUUCUUACUGGGCCAAAGUUCGUUACUUUUGUACUAUUAGUGUUCUUUCACAAUCACCCAUUUCAGGAAUUUGCGUCAGAAGAGAUCUGGUGCUGCAAUUUCAUGUUAUUAUAGAAAAAGGGUAUGAUUUCGGCUCUUCAAACCUUAAUUUUACCUUAUUUGUAUUGUUUACCUGUUUAGAGUUGUAUGUGAGAUUUUGAGAAUUGAAUACCCAUUUUAGGAAAUUUUGGAACAAUUGACUGUAUGUGAACAGACAGUGUGAAAGAGAAAAGUUGUGGUUUGUAUUGUAUUUGAGAAAUCUGGAUUGAAGUAUUAUAGUUUUAGAUGGAUAAUUCAAAAAAUAGGCAGAAUGAUUAUUUGGGUGUGAAUAAAAUUGGGAAAAAUAUAAGGAAAAGUCCAUUGCUCCAACCUAAUUUUGUUAAUAGUAAUGUUAGUGUUAAUGGUAAUGUUAAUAACAAUAAUCCUGCAAGGCAACAACCACAACCUCAGGUGUAUAAUAUUAGCAAGAGUGAUUUCAGGAGCAUUGUUCAGCAGUUAACAGGUUCGCCUUCGAGGCAAGAUCCUUUGCCAAGACCACCUAAUAAUCCCCCUAAGCACCCUAGUAUGCGUCUUCAACGCAUUAGACCACCCCCGUUAAAUCCUAUUAAUCGAGGUCCUAUUCCUCCAGUGGUGGCUGCUUCGGUUCCUAUGCCAAUGCAGCCUCCACUACAAGGUGGCUCGGCUAUGGGGCCACCGCAGGUUGGUUUCAAUCAUAGACCUCAACCUCCUUUUAACCAGCUUUCCCCUCGAGGGAUGCAACCUUUUUCUCUUGGAGAUGGGGGUUGGACAGUUCCUGCUUUGUCUCCUUUAUCCGCCUAUGUGCAGCAACUGCAAAAUUGUCUCGGUGAUGGGAGUCCUAGACCUAGUCAGUUUUUACAGCAACCACGUAUGCCUGAACAGUUUCAAGCUCAACCUCAGAUGCACUCACAAGGUCCAAGGCAUAUGCAAGGUCAACCUCAGAUGCAACCACAGCCUCAUUCUCAACCUCCUGUUCAUAUUCAAGCUCAAGGUCAACCUCCUAUGUACCCACUAGGGCCUGAACAAGCCCACACACAACCUCAACCUCAGACACAUCCGCAACCACCAUAUUUGGGCUUGCUUCCCAACCCAAAUAUGCCACCAUUACCCUCACCUAGAACAAAUGGUCCUGCUCCUUUGCCAUCUCCAACUUCUCAGUUCUUUUUACCUUCGCCAACUGGUUUCUUUAACAUGUUGUCUCCAAUAUCCAGGUCUCCGUAUCCUCUUCUGUCACUGGGAAGUCAGUUUCCACCACCAUUGAGUCCAAAUUUUGCAUUUUCACCUUUUGGUCAAUCUGGGAUCUUGGGUCCUAAUCAUCAGUCACCACUGUCUCCAGGAUCUGCAUUUCCUUUAUCACCUUCUGGCCUUUUCCCCAUUUCAAGCCCAAGAUGGAGGGAUCCUAGCUUUUAGAUAUUGUGAGUGACUGGUUAGUUGGUUGCAGCAUGAAUCUCUAGGAUGUAGUACAUAUCCUUCAUUUUAGGAUUCGUUUGUAUAUUUUACGUUGAGAUGUUCUGUACAAUCUGAUCUUAGUUGUUCCGGGAAAAUUAUAGUUUUUUCAUUGCUCUUUUUCCACACUGAUUAUUAUGAACAUGAGAGGAUUGUUAUCAACUGCAAGUUGGUGUUUUUUGGCUGGAUUUGACGCUCUGAUAUAACCAAAAAAUAUCAGCAAAUAUUGGCAGAGUUCUAAUAUGAAGUGCAAGAUCAAAGAUUAGCACCAAAACAAGCAGACAUUUCAGCCACUCAUGAUUAUAUUAUGUAAGCAAUUUAGUCAACAGUUAGCAUACCUUCAAUGUUGUUUCGUUUCUUUUAGGUCAUGUAGAAAAUAAUAAAUGAAUCUCUUUUUUUUACUUGUUGCAUAGGCAUAAUGGUGUCUCUGCUUUUGUCAAGCUAUUCUAUGGCUUUAUAGAAUCUAUUAUGAUUCUAUGAAUGCUUUUGUGUUUGUUUUUUUGGGGGAUCAAUAUGUUUAAAAUUGGAUAUAACCGAAUUCUAUUCCUUGAUUGCUUCUUCGGUUUUAAUUUGGUAGAUCACAUGAUGUUCUUUAUAUUCGUGCGUAAUCGGUGCUCCAUAUAUUUCAGUUAGUACAAGUGAGUUGUGCUCAUGCCAUUGAAUACCGUCCUAUUCAAAGUUAACUUUUAUGGCUAUUGAUUUUAUAGAAGGAUCCGUGAUGACUGAUAAGAAAAGUUUCCAUUCUAGCCCGGUUUUAUGUGAAGUAAAGAUGCAUCUAAGCCAUCUAUGGUUGCUACUUGCUAGCUAGAUAAGGAUGGAGUUUAUUUUCACAAGAGUUGAUCCAUGUACUGAUUUGUUAUGUUUGUGUAUGUCAUGACAUGUUUAGAGUAUGUGUUUUUAACUUUCAAGGAUAGAUAGACCAUAGAUAGAUAGUAUCACCGACAUUGUGAGAUCAUCUUUUCAAAGCUUAGUGUCACGGACGAUUUAGAAUUCUUUGUGUUGGUGCUCGAACCCCCUAGGCUAGGAUCUUAAGCAAGGCAACCCUAUGUGUACAAGAAGCUCAAAAACGAGGAAAACUAUGCACCAAGACAUACAUGCAUUACUACAAGGCUACAAGCAAACAAACAUGCGAGUUGUCUAACUAGGGUCUUGGUGUGAUCCGGUCAUCCAACAUUCGCUGUAUAUUCAACCUCGCCAAACUUCAUAACAAAAGGUAUCUAACAAUGAAUAAUGACAUCAUAUGUUAUCUUGUUCAAGGAGUUCGAUUCAACUUCUUUUGGUGCAAAAUAGUUCUCUCUUAAAUCAAAUAUUCUUCUUAUUUAUGUAAAAUUACAAAUGAUAUUUAUCAUAUGAUUUAAAUUUAAAGGGUAUGAGGAAAUAUGUGGUUUAGAGAGCAUAUAGGGAAAAAAAAUGCAUUGAGUGGUAGUUAUCAGUUGAAGUUGAUUAUCGUUGACAGUUGUUUUGGAUUAAGAAAAAAAAGUAACACUGAAUGCAAGUUAGGUACUCAUUGAGUCACAAAUCUUAUCCCCUUUACUUAAUAUUUUCUUCAAUCCAUAUCAUAAUAGAAGAAUCUAACUUAUCUAUUGACCAUUUUAUGGGUAGUGUUAACUACAAAACUAUUAAAGAACCUCAUUGAAGUUUAUGUUCGAUGUCAUUAAUACAUAUCAUUCAAACCAUCCACAACCACAACAUAUUCCCUAGAGUAUAGGUAGUCUUGUUCAAUACAGGUUAGAAUCCUCUUUAUUACUUAAAAUAAGAGAUAUUUUGAAAUAUUUUAUUUUUCAUAUAAUUUUUUUUUAAAAUAUAUAUUAAAGUUUUAUAUAUCGAGACCAAUUUAUGAAGAUAUUCCAAAUGUAUACAUUAUAGCUUAUAUAAAUAUUCAUGAGAAAUCAUUAUUAAAACUUAUAUAAAUAUUUCAUGUGGUAGAAUAAACUUUUUCUAAAUUCUUGUGAUAACCAAAAAGUUUAUUAAUUAAAAUCUCUAUGACCCAUUUGAACAAAAUGUUUAUCGCCCAUUUAUUAUAAAAUGUCAAUCAUAUCCUUUUCUCACAAUUUCUGAAAAUCCAUAAUAUUCUCAAUUAACAGGUGAUAGACAUUUUUUGUCAAGAAAAAAUUACGAAAUUUUUUAAUUGAUAAACUUCAUAGUUACCAUAUGAAUUUUUUAAAAAAAAAAGUUCAAAAACCUCAAUAUUAUCAUUUAGAAUCCAAAACGAUUUGGGUGUAGUUAAAGAUAGUAAAUGUUAAGAUGUACUACAUAUAAAUAUUUCCAAAUAGCACACGUAGUUUUCUUCAGGUGGGAAAUUUUGCGUGUAGUAUUGUUUUCUAAAUGGCAGCUUGUACGCACUUGUUUGACUUGAUAGUGGAUAGCGUACAAAUUUAUCUCACGAAGUAUAAUUUUGACAAUAGCGAGACCGUUUAUAGAGUGCCUCAACAGAGUAGUAUGGUUUAAUUUUUUUAUAUUAAUUUUAUUUUAAUUUAAUUACAUUUUUAUAUUCUAAUAUUCAUAAAUAUAUAUAUAUAUAUAUAUUGCUUAAUAAUAUUUAUGCAAUUU